AAAUUUCGAUCAAAACACUUACAUGUUAUGUGGUCAUUUAAAAGCAACAUGCCUGCUGGAGGCGAAGCCUUUUUCCACGCCCUCAUUCAUCGUUAGCCAAUCGCUUUUUAGAGCCCAAUGAUGCGUGGCCGUAAUAAUUGGUCAGUCCUUGUCGGAAAGGUUUAAAUGUUUUAUUCAUCUUUGCAUUGCUGUCAUUGAAAAGAAAAGAAACGAGCAUUGUUACCGCUCUUACUGAGGGGCUUUCGAUAUCCGGCAUGUCAGAUUUUUAAGAGUUAAAUACAUGGAUACCUCAGAUCUUCACAAGUUGUUUUCCGCCUGUGAUGGAAACAAAUCGGGAAGAAUCGAGUACGAGGAUUUCACUAAAGUUUGCCGAGAGCUCAUUGUUCCGGGUGGUGAGAUAAGGUCUUUGUUCAAAAAGUUUGACGUGGACGGAGACGGGUGUAUUAAUUACAACGAUUUUUGUUCGCGCUUCCAUGAAGCGUCCGGAAGUAUGAAUCUGGCCUCGUUGGACCACAGUGGAGAGAGGCGGGCGAGUGCUUGGGAUGAGUUUGAAAAUACUUUGGACGGAGAUGUGGCCUGCUAUUUGGGCAGCUUAUGGGAUCCCUUGAGUGAGUUGUACCAGCAGAUUCAUGCCACUUGUGACAAGCUUCUGCUGCAGCAGUAUGAAGAUCUGAUCAAAGCUGUAGUGGUGGAGAGCAAAGAACAUCGGUUGGAGACUGACCAAUUAGAGUCCAGUCUGAGACGGGCAGAGGAGAUGAUGAGCACUCAAUUGUCAGAGAUGGAAGAGGAUUUACAGCAGCAGCUAAGUUACAAAGAGUUGACGGUCCAAGAGGAGGAGCAAAAGAAAAUGGAAGGGGCCAUUGAGUUGCUCCAGCUAAAGCAUGAGAAUGAAUUGCUGGACCUACAAUCAGCAGUAGAGAAGCUUACACAGUAUCAAGAAGAGACAGAGUUGACCAGCCCCAGAGAAGAUGUCAUCAAAUUAAGAAGGAAAAUCCAAGAGGUUACUCAGGAGAAUGAGGAGUUCAGGAAAUCUCUCUUGAAGGCUCAAAUGACCAUUUCUGUCCUGCAGGUAGAGUUGGACAAACUUAAAAAUGCAUACGUUGAUGAGAAGCUUCAGCAUGAAAGUGAAAGUAAUGAACUGAAAAAGAUGGUGAUCCAGUACCAGUCUUACACCGAACAUUUUGAAAUGCUCCAGGAAAUGAAUAAGAAGUUGUAUGACAGCAAUGAUGAUUUACAGUCUGCUCUUGCUAAAGACACUGUUUGUUCCAAAAGGCAGCUUUCCUCAAAAAACAAAAGGCCACCCAGAAAACUGAAGCCACUACGACAGAGUACAAUAAAUCAGAGCAGCUUUGCUAAUGAGGAGGACAGCAUGAUUGUAGUUCCUUCCAAAGAGAAAUUCUCACUUGUGGAGCAUUGGGCAGAUAAGUAUCUAGACAGCGGCGUUUCCUUACAGACAGACACAGACAGGCUGCUAGGCUCCAAUUAUGAUAGUGAUGAGAGCCACGAUUCUGAAGAGACUACACACCACAGCUGUUCAUAUGUUCCGUCUGAAAUGGAGAUGUCAGAUUUGAAAUCUGAGAUGAAUUUGUCAGUGAAUCCAAGCAGAGUCGGCUUGUUAACCUCAUCUCUGAGACGUCGGCUGUCAGCUUUUCCUGCAAAGCAAGCUGAAGUUGAAGUGAUUGAUUCUGAUGGUUCUGUUCCAAUGUACCGCUUGGUGCUGGCAGGGGACGCAGGGUCUGGAAAAUCCAGCUUUUUACUGCGUCUCAGUCUAAAUGAGUUCAGAGGAGAGAUGCAGACCACACUGGGAGUCGAUUUUCAAAUGAAGAAGAUGCUUGUGGAUGGAGAAAAGACAAACCUUCAGAUAUGGGACACUGCUGGGCAGGAAAGGUUCCGCAGUAUUGCCAGAUCGUACUUCCGCAAAGCACAUGGUGUGCUGCUUCUCUAUGACGUUACUUCAGAGAACAGUUUCUUGAAUGUUCGAGAGUGGAUUGAGCAGAUUCAGGAAUCCACAGAUGGCAGCGUCCCCUUGUGUUUAAUUGGGAAUAAAGUGGACCUGAGAGUGGUGAGGGGAGUGGAGAGCUGUGUGAGUCCUGCCCAUGGCGAGAAGCUUGCUAGGACUUACAAUGCCUUGUUCUGUGAGACGAGUGCCAAAGAGGGUACCAAUGUAGUGGAGGCAGUUCUGCAUUUAGCAAGAGAGAUAAAGAAACAUACCAAACUGAGAAAGCAGACAGAGUCCCAAGUUAAGUUGACUCUAAACAGUGGAAAAAAGGCACUGAGUAACUGCUGUGGAGUUUAACUGUGACUGCUCAUCACACAGCAAAAACACAUGAAGGACAGAGCUUAAUAUGCACGUAAUUCACACAUUAUUGUCAGAUCCACUGUCUCACAAUGUUCAUGUCUUGGAGAAAAUAUCAGAAGUGACAUUUAAGUGUUUUGAGUUUUUUUAUAUAUAUAUAUAUAUAUAACACACACACUCACCCGUCCACUUUAAUAGGAACGCCUAUACACCUGCUCGUUCAUGCAGUUAUCCAAUCAUGUGGCAGCAGCACAAUGCAUAUAAUCAUGCAGAUACAGGUCAAGAGCUUCAGUUAAUGUGCAAGAUGCUCAGAAUGGGGAAAAGUGCAAUCUCUGUGACUUUAACCAUGGCAUAGUUGUUGGUGCCAGAGGGGCUGGUUUUUCAGAAACUGCUGAUCCCCUGGGAAUUUCACACACAAAAGUCUCUAAAGUUUACACAGAAUGGUGCGAAAAACAAAAAAUAAUCCUGUUUGCGUAGGGUCUGCAGGCUGAAACACAUUGUUGAUGAGAUAGAUCAGAGGAGAAUGUCCAGACUGGUCUGAGCUGACAGGAAGUUUAUGGUAACUCAAAUAAGCACUCUUUACAACUGUGGUGAGCAGAAAAGCAUCUCAGAAUGCACAACACAUCAAUCCUUGAGGUAGAUGGGCUACAACAGCAGAAGACGACAUCAGAUUCCACUCCUGUCAGCCGAGAACAAGAAUCUGAGGAUACCAUGAGCACAGACUCACCGAAACUGGACAAUCUGAUGUUUUGUCCAUGUUGAGAUGCUUUUCUGCUCACGGUGGUUGUAAAGAAUGAUUAUAUGAGUUACUAUACCCUUGCUGGCCAUUACUAUAACCAGUCUGGCGUUUUCCUCUGAUGUCUCUUAUCAACAAGAUGUUUCCACACACAGAACUGUUGCUCUCUCUGUGUUUUAUUGUUUUUCACACCAUUCUGUUUGAGUUCUAGACACUGUUGUGUGUGGAAAUCCCAGGAGAUCAGCAGUUUCUGAAAUACUCAAACCAGCCCAUCUGGCACCAACAACCGUGCCACGGUUGAAGUCUCAGGGAUCAUAUUUUUUCCCCAAUUCUGGUGUUUAAUGUGAACAUUAACUGAAGCUCUUGACCUGUAUCUGCAUGUUUUUAUGCAUUGUGCUACUACAAUAUGAUUGGCUGACUGGAUAACUGCAUAAAUGAGAAGGUGUGCAGGUGUUCCUUAUAAAUUGGAAAGAGUGUGUGACUGAUAUAUAUUUUUUUUAGUUUAGUUUUAAAACUAAGUUUAAGCAAUUUGGUCUAAUGCACACUGUCCUUUCUCACUCAUUAUGUGUAUACUUGCUGUAGAAAUAUUUAGAUUCCAAAUUCUCUUUAAGAUGUUAAGUGUUUAUUGGAAAUUUGUUCCCUUUUAUAUACCAAAUGUAAAUUUUGUGUAAUUGUUUUUGAUUACUAUGUUAAAUAAAAUUUAUUUUAUUCAUA